UUGAUCGUCGUGGAUACUCCGCCAAGCCCCGCUGUCUUCAGAAGACAGUUAAUUCUUACAGAUGAUCCUGUCUCUCCUCUCUCCUCGUACAGGCGAGCAGAAAAAAUGCGACUCCGAGGGCACCACUGUUGUUUACGGUGAAACGCGCCGUACUUUAUUUGGGAACACAUCUCCCUAAACUACAAAAAGGAUUAAAGCGUUACAAGGAGAGCUAGUCGAAGUGGACAGACGGAACCAGACCAGGAUCGAGAGACAACCUUCCUGAAGUCCACUCGAUGUCCUGUCUCUUGUGACUGCACUUUGAUGUGGCCCACGUGACACUCCGGAUAGCAGCGAGCUCUUCCACAUUGAAAACCUUUAUUGCACAGUAAGAAAUAACUAUUUAAAAUAAUACCGGAUGAAAAAAGUACUCCAGUGAGAUUUAUCUACCACUCUGACGACGGCAUGAUUGAAGUUCUUCUCGGGCAGGUGUGACCUGUAUGCUUCUCAGCUAUUCAUAGAUAGGCCUAUAGUAGAUACUUUAUGUGACACGACAGCACCUUACAGUUCUUAUAUUCGUAUGCAUGGCUGUCAAUGUACUUUUCUGUUAUAUGACACAUGGAAACUCAACAAUGUUAACGUGAAGAGUUUGGAAGAGUCCUUGUGCCAAAUAUUCGCGCCUUCAGCAUGUCUACACUUCGCGCAUUUAGGUAAAUCCAAGGGGGACGGGACGGGGACGAUGCGUGUGUGUUGAAUUGCUUCUAAUAAUCUAACCCUAACUGUAGGCCUACCCAUCCGGAAGUACCGCCGCUUCAUGCUUCUUUCUCAGCAUUUCCAAAAGUGUCCAUAUAGGCAAGCCUUUACGCGUUGACGUGUAGUUUGGGAAGGAUAGAAAGUGUGAGUCAGCACCGCAUGAAUUGUUGGCCUUGUUCAGCGGUUCCUCUUGGGGCAUAACGUGGAGGCAAAACACGGCUACAUGUUUUUGGAAGAACAAGAGCAAAGCCAAACCAGUUUAAUUGGAUGAAUUACCUAUUUUCUUUUCAGAGAUUACGAGGGGACGGUGGGCAAGAGCAAUGCAUGUCAGUUUCCAGUCCAACAUUUUUCAGGCAAAUGAUGACUGCAGUGUGGAUGCAUAAUUCCAUCUAAAUAAUAGUUUAAAUAGGUAUUGGUAGUGUAGCCUAAUAUUUGUAAGAUCGUUGUGAAAUGGUAUUUGUUUGUCUACUAUGUCAGACGUGAUACAAAGAAGAUAUUGAUUUUACAUCAUUUAUUAAUUGAUUUGGCUGUUUUGAUUUCUGUGGUACACUUUCCAGAGAAAUGUGUUGUUAUUCAUGGACGCCCACUCACUCACUCACUUACAUUCUCUCUCUAACUCACUCACUGAAUUGUUUUGAAACACUGAUUUAAUAGAUGUGUAGAUGCAACAGGAUUACCCCCUGUCUCCUGCUCUAGCUGUUGGGCAAUGCUCAAAAGAACAUAAAACUUAAGAUUUCUAACUUUAGAAAAUCAUUAGAUGUUUAGGAACUAAAAAAUAAUAAGACAAAACAGGGAGGCAUUCAGAGCAAAUAAUCAAGACAAUAAAUAUUAUGUUCAAAGGGCUUGGGUCGGCAGAGAAGAACAUCUUAAAAAUAAUCGUUCUUUAAAGUAUGGCAUUGUGGUGAAAAAAGAGCAUAAUUAACAGAUUCAUGGUUCGACAUAGAGGCAUUGAAGUCUAUGAAUAGGAAAAUUAAAGGGGACAUAUCUGUGGUUCUCAGGUGGAAAGACAAAGUAAAUAGUUUCACAAACUUUUCGUCGGUUUUUAGAGACAUAGGGGUUGUUGUAUGGGAAGGAGUUUUAGCUUUGAUGGUCAAGGCUUCACUUUGUAGAUUAAAAUUCUUAUAAAGGACGGGAGGGAAAAUUAUUCAUGUAUGUAUCUUAUAUACAUACGUAAGAUACAUACACGUACUGGUUGACGUAUUGCGAUAUCGUCAUGUUGACCAACAGAUGGUUAAAACAAAUAACAAUUAAAAUGUAGACCAGAUACCUCCGAUUUUAUAGGCAAUUAGAAUCAACUAUAUUCUCUUCUGUUCGGCCCAUCCUGUAGAACUCACCACAACGUUAAACUCAUACAUUAAUCCACACAAUGAUAAAAUUGGCAUGUCGCAAUAUUAACAGAAUUGCAGUAUUUAAAGGCAUGCUACUUUAUGGAUGUUGUUAUAUAGGUGUGAGUGGGCCCCUAAUACAGUAUUUGAAAACGUUCAAGAAAUUCAGCCUUAGUGCAGAAUUACAGCCACUACGAGCCAGUCCCACAAUGAGCACAACCGUGCCGUUUUUUAGAGGUGGGUCAAGGUGGAGGGUGGGGGUGUGGCCCUGAGCAGCUUUGCGGCCACGGUACUAUGCGCUAGCGUUUACAGUGGAUGUAUCACAAUGGCUCCAAUUCAUAAUAUCAUCCGGAGGCGCACACAUAUUUUGGCCGUAAAUAUUCUAGAACACUCUGGGUGCUCCUGCGGGAGUCCUGGAGCUCUAUAUCUAAAUAAUAUAAUAUGAAAAAAUAGAAAUCUAUAUAAAAUAAUAUAUAUUUCACGUCCAAAAGCUGUGUGCGCCUCCGGAUGAUAUUAUGAACCUCAAACGACUGCGUCGGGUUCUCCGACGACUCUGGUUCUUCCACUUCCACGUCAAUCUGAGCAGCGACAUGGAGGAGAAAGGGAUUGUUGCCCGCGAUUGUCUCCCGCCGGAGCCCCACUGCCGGGGCACCGGCGUUGGAGCACCAGCGCCCCAGGGCACCACCGCCGCGGGGCUCCACUGCUGCCGCCCAGCACUGCCAUGGGGCUCCACCGCCACCACCCGGCAGCGGAGCUCAGGCGGGAGACAAUCACGGGCAACAAUCCCGGGCAACAAUCACAAUCACACCUCCAUGUCGCGGUUCAAUCUGGACUUCAGGGAGUCAAAGCCAAAGUUCCUUUCCCCCAAUUCCUUCUCAACCAUGGCCGAGAUAACCCCUACUAGAGAGGCCCGACGCAGUCUUUUCACCGAAUUGUAGCUUUACGCACCUUAUGUUGCAUGUUAUGCGCCAUAACACCAACAGCAGAAUGGUUAUCCAAAUAUCAAAGAAGUAUACUACACUUGCAUUACAGUGUGUGUAUAUUUCGACACACACACACGUGGCGCUCACACAGUCGCUAGCUACUGGGGGACCAUAGGCAGGCUAGAGGAACUCGUGUUAAUGUUAGAAAACCUCAUGAAGUGACAUUUUCAAGCCAUGCAACCUUUAAGAAAUUGCACUACAUAUCGUGCCAGCAGCAAAAUUUGUGCUUCUGCGAAUUCUGAGUAGGCCAAAAACAUUCAUAUCUUUUAAAUGAUGAUCUUGGCUUACUCGGCAGAAUUAAAUUUGUAUGCUGUAUUAAUUCUGUUAAUUCAAAUUUAAAACGGCCUGCCAUAGUGUUGGUUGGCUCACACAUAUAGCAGCCCAUUUCAGAGAUCGUGAAGAGGGUCCGCAAGGAUGUAACGGGUCUGUAACCCCCUUUCAUUGCGUAAACGUGGUACCAUAAAGAGCCCUUCAGCCUGUAGCGGCCUAUAGUAGCCUGGGGCUGUUUCCCAUUGUGAAGGAAUAUGCUAAACGGCUGCCCUUUUAAGGACGCUACGUCAUAGAACGCCGACAAGCACUGUUCCAAUGUUGAGGACACUCGGAAAUUUGUGUCCUUUUCGCGUCCUUUAUUUUUGAGAAUCCCGAGAUUUUUCAGGUAUGCAAAAAUAGAUCCUCAACGAGCCAAAAUACCCACAAUCCUUUGCGUUCACACGCUGAGCGGGAUAUUUAAAAAUAGUGAGAUUUCUUUUAAAAGUUUUUGCAACGUAAUGAUAGGCUAUAUUUAUUUUGGAUUGAUUUGAUUUAAUAUGUAAGUAGGUGGUGUUUAAACAAACUACUGUCGCUAGUAACAAGUUCAACACUUAAAAUAUUUAACACCAGAGCAAUAUUUAAAAAGCGGAAGCGCUUCCACACUAGCAAGUCGUUCCAAACUCUAAACGCUACAAACACUAGGCAGCACUCUAGCCUCAUCUCCAUAGGACGCGACAAGCAAGGAAGUGUUCUAGCAAGACUGCAGCCUUCACUUUGGGAAAAAAGAGAUUCGUCUUUGGUUUUUCAGCCAUGAUACCAGUCGUAAGCAUUUGAAGAAAGCGAUAAAGAGCAAAUUAAUGGGAGCGUGUAGGUAUUUUUCGACGCAAGCUGUUGAAGCUGCAGCCCACAUCAUAUCUAUUAUCAUUGAGUGUUUCAUUCCAAAACAAUAAUAGCCCCAGGUCUGGCAGUGGGUGCUGCAGCGCUCAACUGCACCUUUGUCCUAAUUAGAAACCAACGUUCCUCAUUAGUAUAUCAUAAAGCAUCUCUUCUGGUAGGGUUCAUUUAGGCUUGGUGCAUUGGAUGUGACCUGUAGUGUAUAUCACUACACAGAGAGUCUAUCUAAAAGCUUUCCAUUCUGCUCUCUCUCGCCAACCCUUUUUCAACUAGGGCAUCAUCAUAGUUAAAGCUGGACGGUGAACACACACAGUUGGUACUACUCGUUUCAACAUGCUGGGAUUCCUGGUGUCCGUUUUGCUGAUCUUUCAUGGUUCUUUGGGUUUGGAACCAGGACGUGGACAGCCUCCCCAUGGGGAGUUAGCUGUGGAUCUGCCCUGGCACGAUGAGCUGUGCUGCAGUCUGCCCUCAGCUCACCACAAUACAGAGGGGAAUACUGCAGGCAUGGCAUCUGUUGCCGCCCCAUAUCAUGGCUCUCCAUCGCACAGAACACAGCCCCCACGGUGCCGCUACAGAGGUUUGAAGAACACGUCACAACGUGGAGAAAACAACCAGCCCACUGGGGGUCUCUGCUGGAGCAUCCUGUGUGCUGUUGAUGACGACUGGGAAAAUGUUGUUUGUGAUCUGAACUCUCGCAGCCCACAACCAGAACCCUUGGUGUUUAGCACCACGGUAAUCAGCCGGCAGCACCUGGCCCUGCCAACCGGACAGGGUGCCCACAGUGUCACAAGUGCCGAGGUCUCUAAGCCGGUUAACUGUUCCCACAUUUGUUCCAUUGCCCUUGACAACGCCAAGCGGUCCUUUGUUAUGGUAGCCACUGCUGUCCUAAAUGCCACCAUCGGCCCCGUCCUGCUCCGUGUUCCAGCCCGCCCAGUCAAACCAAGUCCUCCAGUUAAUGUGACUCACACCCAGACGGUUCAGGGACAGCUGGUUUUAUACUGGGAUCCAUCUCAGUCAGCUGCCAGCCCAGACCGCUACAAGGUGCGCUACACAUUCAACAGCACCUGGCCUGUAUGGCAGGUGGUAAAUGUGUCUGGGGAGCCCAGGGUGUUCCUGGACCUGAGCCCCAGGCUGAACUACACCUUCCAGGUCCGCUGCUCCCUACCGGGCCACCCCUAUCUCUGGAGCGCCUGGAGCCAACCUCACCAUAUCUACCUGGACAGUAAGGGCCUGUCAUCCCACUACUGCUAACUCUCACACUGUGUUCAAUCAUACUUUAUAAUAGGCAGAUACAUACAUACAUGCAUUGGUACUUUUCUCAUCACCGAGGGGAAAUUAAAGCUUUACAAUAGCUCACAUCAUCAAACACAAUAUUGAUAAUAUUAAUAUUGUUAUUGACAAUAGAAUAAAAAAUAAAAAAAAUCGAUUGUUUUUCAUUAUAUAUUUUAAUUGAUUAUCGAUUUAUUUAGGUCUUGACAAAUAUAAAAGCACCUUCAAUCCGCUGCUGGCAUUACAAGCAUUGGACUUCUAAACUGCUAAUCACACAGUUUACGCAUCGAUUGUGGUAUAUUCAAUCAUUCAUCAGCUUAUUUAUGUUAGACCAAAGGUCACUUCACUUCCAAGCUAUAAAUCUGGCCCUAACACACACACACACACACACACACACACACACACACACACACACACACACACACACACACACACACACACACACACACACACACACACUUACAUGGGCUGCAAUC